GGUGGUUAACGCCGGCGCUGAUUGGCUAACACCCUUUCACGUUUAGAGAGAUUGUCAGUCAGCUGGAGCUCAAGUAAAACAACACAGUACUUGUUUUUAUCUUUCAGAGGCAUUUGAACUGGAGACAUUUUUUUUCUCACAGCGUUUAUGGUACUUUUAAUCCAUUACUAAACGCCCUGUGGAACAUUCUUUUACAGAGCGAAAAGCGGGAAUGUAGCGGUGUUAUCGUCCACCCCCAUUUUUAACGAUAGCGCCUGACGCCUUUUCCCAGGAGAAGCCCGGUGUCCUGUUUUGUUGUCUGGAGCGCCGUAUUGUGGCUGAGAAAGCUCUCGGGGAUCCGUGAUUGUUGCUGCCAGGCGGGCCGACGCUAGGAGCGUGGGGGAACAUAGCGGCGUGUGUCUGGUGAGGAGAUGUCAGAGCGGGGAUGCCUCUUUUUGGAGACAGUGUUGUAGGCGAGGGUAUACACGAGUGUACACAGUAUACCUCCCGCUGGGACUUGGCGUGCAGACCAGCGGAGCGACGUUUCAGCAUAACUAGCAGUGACACAUAUAUGGAUGGUGGGGUCGCAGUAUGCCCACCCCCUCGAGUACCACUACAUCACCGGCUGGAGGGAGAAGCAGUAUCGGGGGAGAGGAAGAGGGGCCCAUGUCCGCCGCUUCUACCUCCUCCAUCGGCUCAUCUUUCCGGUUCGUCCCAGCCUUCUGCCUGGGCGUGGUGGCAGCAGUAGUAUUUCAGCUGGCAUGGGGGGGCCUGUCUCUCACCUCGUUCUUCUUAAAGCUCUUCAUCUAUGUGUCAUUCGCCCUCCUGUGUUUCCUGGCUGGGAGCUUUGCCCUGCUGGUCAGGAAGAGUCCUCUCAAAGUCAGCUGCUUUAACCGGAGCAGGAGGCAGCCUUCUGAAUGGCUGGAGUUCUUCAACAAGCUCAUGGGUCGCUUCUUGGUGCCAGUUCAGGAGUCGAGCCAGAGCAGGAGAGUGGUGGUGUCGCACAAUGUGGACAAAGCCCUGAAGGAAGUGUUUGACUAUGCCUACAGAGACUAUAUCCUGUCCUGGUACAUUCCUUUGAGUCAUGAUGAAGGCCAGUUGUACUCCAUGCUGUCAGAGGACUGGUGGCAGAUGAUUGGGCAGUUGAGAUCCAGGCUUGCUGAGAUUGACCUCGUCAACGUAGUGUGUUAUGACAGCAUCCGGAUUCUACACACACACUUCACCGACCUCAAAGCUGCAUCUGCAAGACCAGAGGAAGUGGCUCGGCCGUUUCCUCUCCAUCCCUGUUUGGUCAGUCCGGAAUCGGAGCUGGCCUUCCUCCGCUGUGUAGCCAGAAUACUACUGCUGUGUUUGCUGCCACAAAAGGAUGCCAAGUCGCACACACUACGCUGCUGUCUCACUGAAGUCAUCACUACUAAAGUUCUGAAGCCGUUGGUAGAGGUACUCAGCGAUCCAGAUUCCAUAAACAGGAUGUUGUUGUCUCAGCUGGAAAAGAGGGAGCAGCAGGCUGAGCAGCAGAAGAAAGCCUACACCUACGCUGCCUCCUAUGAAGACUUUAUCAAACUGAUAUCAACGUCUACUGAUGUCAAUUUCCUCAAGCAACUCAGGUAUCAGAUCGUGGUAGAGAUUAUUCAUGCCACCACCAUCAGCAGCCUGCCUCAGCUCAAGAAGCAGAAAGAGAAAAAAGGUAAAGAGUCAGCAGCCAUGAAGGCCGACCUGCUGAGAGCCAGAGAUAUGAAAAGAUAUAUCAAUCAGCUGACUGUUGCUAAGAAACAAUGUGAAAAAAGGAUCCGCCUCCUUGGAGGGCCAAACUAUGAGAACAGUGAGGAAGGAGGGGCCGAUGACAACGAUGAGCCUCAAAGCCAGAAGAUUCUCCAGUUUGAUGACAUCCUGUGUAAUCCAAGUUACAGGGAUCAUUUCAGAGUUUACAUGGAGAGAGUAGAUAAGAGAGCUCUGAUAAGCUUCUGGGAACUGGUGGAAACACUGAAAACUGCCAACAAGAAUGAGGUGCCCCAAAUUGUUGGGGAAAUUUACCAAAAGUUCUUUGUGGAGAGCAGAGACAUUCCAGUGGAGAAGUUUCUUCUGAAAGAGAUCCAGCAGAGUUUGGUGGGGAACAGAGGAACACAAGUCUUUGUUAAACUACAAGAACAGGUUGCUGAGACAAUGAGAGAGCGUUACUAUCCCUCCUUCCUGGUGUCCGACCUCUACGAUAGGCUGAUCAGACGAGACGACCAUCACAGCCAAUCGCGGUGUAGCCCGGAGGAAAAGGGAGAAGGGUGCCAGGGUCUAGAUACAGGAGAGGAGGUGUGUGACGAGGGCAGUAAAGGAAUCAAUGAGCAGGCCAGCUAUGCUGCUACUAAACUACGCCAGCUCUAUGACAAACUGGAGUACAAGCGACAAGCCCUGGGCUCAAUCCAGAAUGCACCCAAACCAGACAAGAAGAUAGUAAGCAAACUAAAAGAAGAAAUAGGAGCCAUGGAAAAAGAACACAGCGAACUUCAGCAACACAUCACAAGGACCGACUGGUGGUGUGAAAACCUGGGGAACUGGAGGGCUACGAUAACUACAGCUGAGGCUGCAGAGGAAGGUGGUGAGACUGUAGCUUGUUACAGUGUGUGUGUUAGCCUGGUGGAAGGAGAAGAAACAGCCAACAGUCGCUGGAGCGUCCAGAGGAAACUCACUGAAUUCCAAAUGUUGCACCGCAAACUCACAGAGUGUUUUCCAUCACUGAAGAAGGUCCAGUUACCAUCACUCAGUAAGCUUCCCUUCAAAUCCAUUGACCAGAAGUUUUUGGACAAAAGCAAAACACAACUCAACGCCUUUCUCCAGCGUCUCCUAACAGAUGAGCGGUUGUGCCAGUCAGAGGCUCUCUAUGCUUUCCUCAGCCCGUCUCCAGAGCAUCUGAAGGUGAUGUCUAUUCAGAAGAAAUCCUCUUUCUCACUGGCCUCCUUCCUGGAGAGGUUACCUGGAGAUUUUUUCUCCCAUACUGAGGAGGAUGGCGAUGACGACAGUGACUUGUCAGACUACGAUGAAACAGACGGGCGGAAAGAUGCUCUGGCUGAACCCUGCUUCAUGCUCAUAGGAGAGAUCUUUGAACUCAGAGGAAUGUUUAAGUGGGUGAGGAAGACUUUAAUUGCACUAGUCCAGGUGACAUUUGGACGAACUAUCAACAAACAGAUCCGGGACACUGUAAACUGGAUCUUCUGUGAACAGAUGUUGGUGUGCUACAUCAGUGUGUUCAGGGACACCUUCUGGCCUGAUGGAAAGCUGGCGCCACAUAUCAAAGCCCGAACGGACUCUGAACGCACUGAGACCAAGGAGCGCGCUCAGCAGAAACUACUUGACAACAUCCCAGAUGCACUCACAAAUCUAGUUGGGCAGCAGAAUGCCCGCUACGGCAUCAUCAAGAUCUUCAGUGCUCUGCAGGAGGCCAAUGCCAAUAAGCAUCUUCUCUAUGUGUUGAUGGAAAUGUUACUAAAGGAGCUGUGUCCUGAGCUCAGGGCUGAGGUGGACAGUAUCUGAACACAUGCAUGAAAAUGAGGAUCGGCUGGUUCGUCUUUCAGGCCUUUCUGUAGCUGACCAAUCACAAACUGCCAAGCCAGACAGGGAGAGGGCCAUUUGGUUAAUCCUCAGACAGAAAGCAAGCUGCGUUGGUCAGAGCUGAGAUGCACGCAGACUCUGUUCAAAGAAAUUUGCUUUGAACCGGUGAAAAGCUGGCCUGACGCUCUCCUGACAAAGCUGCUGACAGAAGGGUGCAUCUCUAAACCUGCGUUUGGACGGGGAGAAACCACAGGGACUUCUUCCUAUCUAGACUGCAGUCUGACGAGACUGAUCACAGAAGAACAAAGUGUAUUUUUGACCUAAGUAACUCACAUCUGUGUUUUUCUUUUUUUUUCUUUUAAAAAUAAUUAUAAUUCUUUCAAUAGCACUGACAUUCAGCAUCUGUGCCAGAACAGACUGAAAUGAAAUGUUUUGCUCAAAUGUAAAUGAUGGUGGUUUGGUUGACAACUUCUUUGUUUCAUCUUUAAUUUUUAGAGCAGAUAAUCGACUGACUUGACUAAAGACGAGAAAAAAAAAAAAAAAAAGACAGCCGACAGUCAGACUCGCUGUUGCCCUCUAGAGGCGACCGCUGUGAGUCCCAGCCCACGGACCUCUGAACAUUCCUUCUACACACAACCUGAGCAACAACACUUGUGUUCUGUGAUUCUUGUAAUAAGGCUUAUAAUUGUGCAA